AAGGACAUCUUUAUAAGACAUUUCCGAUCAAUCUGGAUAAAGUUCUGUUCAUCGAAGGGCUCAACGGGUUUUCUGACCAGCAAAUCUUAUUUUUUGAUUUACCCUCUGAAUCUGCUGAUGGUGUCGUUGUUAAUGUGAAAACAAGACUCAUAAAUUCAAGCCCAAUUGUAAUGUCUGCGGGUACUGCUGGGUUUAAAAUGUAUUAUAAAGAUGUCCUUAUCGGCAAAGUGACCCUCCCUAAUUUGAACUUGGUUCGUGGAGAAAACGAAUGGUUCAUUUCAGGGUAUCUUUUUGAGUUGGCCCCAAAUGAAAUGGAAAUAGUAAAUGGAUUUUUUAAUGAUUUUAUCAAAGGAAAGGAUUCUUCUGUUAAAGUGGUCGGGGAUUAUCUUUACUCGUCCCUUGACAAUCACACAGAGAUCUCUUGGCUUCGCAACUGUUUCAAUAACUUGGCGAUGAGUUUGAAAAUGCCUGGCAUUAAAGACUACUCACCUAUCACCUCGAUUUCGAUUGUCCAAAUGUUUAUUGAUUUUUCUUCUCCAAUUUCGGCUGAAAACAAUAACUUUGCAUUUCCGAUUGUAGUUGAUGUUGGCGCCAAAUAUUCUCUUCCCUUUGGAUUUCCGCUUAAAAUCACGGAGCUUUCGCAGGAAAUCAAACUUUUAGACCCAAAGAGCUUAUCUGCUAUUGCACUGACCGAAUUUCCUCUAUCCCCUGUUUUAUGCGAUCAGCUUGUUAGGGAGGUCAAUGGAAAGAUGGUCGGAACCAUUAAGGUCCCAAAUUCUUCAUUAGCUUUGAUGAGCUCUUUUCUUGAGUCAAUUAUUGCUGGCCCAAGAUUUUCUAUGUUGCUUGAUGGACAAGCAGAUUCUGUCAUCAAAAGUGGCCUUGGUGUUAUGUUGUUAAAAAAUCUGACUAUUUCUCAAAAUUUGGAGAUGGUAGGAAUGAACUCAUUAUCCAAUCCGCCACCGGCAAUCAAAUCUGUCAAAGUACUGAAGGCAAACCCUGAAGAUGGAAUGUUUCAAGAAAUUCAAUUGGAAUUGACCAACCCAUCCCCCGUUGGUUCCAAUUUGGGCCAAGUUGAGUUUGACUUGUACUACAAUAAUACCUUUAUAGGGAUUUCCGUUGUAAAUCCGCUUAUACUCUUUCCGGGGGUUAAUAACUUCAAGGCGCAUUGUCUUUUAACCCUUCCCCCAAAUACGCCWCUUUUGGAGGAGUUUCUUUCUCACUAUAUGUUGGGCAAAAAAAUUGAUAUUCAAAUGAGAGGGUCCGAAACUUCUUCGGCAUUAUCUCUUUUAUCCAAGCCAUUUUCGAACUUGGUUAUAUCGACAAAGAUUGAUGGAAUUAAUAUUCCUCUCGUGGAAUACAUCAAGAUUUCCAGAUCUCUUACUGGAAAUCUGUUUGUCAAAUUUAGAAUGGUAAAUCCGAUGGACGUGCCUGUAACUAUUACAGGCUUCUUAGACUUUUCUGUUUAUUUUGGAGAAGCAAGCAAUUCUUUCGAUCCUGCUGCCAGAAUCAAUUCCUUCAAUGUGCCCGUUUUAGAAAAUCCAAUCGUGGUCCCUCCAAGAUCAUCGCUAAUGCUUAGUCACUGGAUCCCUCUCGAUCAAAAGGCCUCUUUCGCUUUGGAGGCGCAACUUUUUAUGGAGAUUGCAAAUCAAUUAUAUUUUUUAACCACUAGCAAGGGUUAUAUAAUGUUGCUGUUGGACGAAUUCCCGGUCAAGCUUUAUUAUGAGCAGAAGCACAUCAAAGUAUACUUUGGGAUCUUAUAA